AUUUUUCCGGUUUGGUCGUGAAGCCGAUGAGAGUGGCCCAUACUCUUCUUCCUCCGGCUUUCCCCCCUAUUUUCCACGCUACUCUCUCUCUCUCUCUCUCUCUCUCUCUCUCUGUGGUUUAUCGGAGAAGAUGGGAAGUAGCGGCAGCGGAGGCGACGUGGAGGCUGGAUUUGCCAAACUCCAAGGCGAAGACUUCGAAUACUACAUGCAGACUUACUCCAUAAUCUUGGGCCGGAACAGCAAGAAAUCGACGGUCGAUGUCGAUCUCUCCAGCCUCGGUGGCGGCAUGAACAUCUCCCGCCAUCACGCCCGUAUUUUCUACGACUUCCAGAGGCGCCGGUUCGCCCUAGAAGUUCUCGGCAAGAACGGAUGCUUCGUCGAGGGCGUCCUCCACCUCCCCGGCAACCCUCCCGUAAAGUUAGAUUCCCAGGACCUUCUCCAGAUUGGCGACAAAAAAUUCUACUUCCUCCUUCCCGUCCGCAGCAUCAUUGGCGGCUCUCUGCCCCGCCACAUUCCCCAUGCUCCCCCGCCCAUUCCGUCGUCUGCUGCGCAUCUUUCCCAUUCCCGUGUUGCGCUGCCUCCUCCACAGCUGUAUCCUUCGAAGAAGGGGCGGGGUAGGGCAUCGAGUGAUUAUUUGGAUGACGAAGAUGAAGACGAUGACGAUGAGGAUGUUGUUGCUGCUGGUGUUGGCAAGAAGUUGCGGAGGGAAGGGCAUGAGAUGUUUGGAUACGGUGGGUCUGGCGGAAAGGCGGGAUCAUCUGGACAAUUGGAUAAAAAGUCGGAGACGAGGUCAAGGGCUGACAGGGAAGCAGAUAAUCAUCAACUUUUGCAGUUGGAAGAAAAAGAUGUUGUCUCUUCUGUAGCAACUGUACUUUCUGACCUUUGUGGUCCAGGAGAAUGGAUGCCCAUGGCAAAACUUCAUGCUGAGCUGGUAGAGCAGUAUGGAAAUAUCUGGCAUCACAGUCGGGUACGGAGAUACCUCACAUCUGAGGACUGGCCUGCCACUGAAUCCAAGGGAAGACCGUGGUUUGGACUACUCACUUUGCUAAGAAAAUACCCAGAACAUUUUGUCAUCAAUACAAGAUCCAAGGGGCGUGUUACAUCAGAAUUUGUCUCAUUAGUCUCCUUGCUGUCUUAAAACUCGAAUCACUGUUUUUUUUUUUUUUUUUGACGAGUAAGAUCACUGGGUUUUUCGGAUGUGUAUUUUUCUUGGGGCAUGGUAAUUGGGGACUGAACCCUCUGAAACUGUGGCUGUAAACUGUAAUAUGGAUUCUUCCAUGCCCACUUUUGGGGUAAACAAUCCUUGUUUAUGAAAUAUAUGAAUUAGUAUUUUCUGUCUUGUUUCAA